AUGCUUUUCAGUUCAGAAUCCAAAGGCUAUGUAAAGCAGAUUUCAUCUGUGUUUGGUUGUGCUUUAACUAUCUCCUUGGCUUCAUCGAAACAUGCGUUUUGCCCCCUAAACGAGCUCUCGUAUGAAUCCAUCAUAGAGGCAGAAGCAGCAGUUGCAUCCUUGAAGGCAAACCAACUUGAUGGAGCAAGGGUCGUCAAGGCUUUCGAGUGGCUCAAAUCGAUAAAGAAUGACCAAGGAAAGAUUGAAAACCUAAAGAACACGUCAGCAGAGUUUAGAGCAGCAUAUUGGAGGGUUCAAGAAGAGUUGGAUGGUCUAAAAGUUGGACACAAGGGACAAUCUUCAACUACAUAUCUGAACUUUAAUAUGUGCUACUUGUAG